CACUGUGCCCCGGACAGCGCGCCGUGCGGACAUGGCGCGAACACUGCGCCCGCCGACCCGCACGGUGGGGCGGCUUCGUGAGGGGGUUCUCGUGUAGGAUGUCAUUGAAGACACCGACGCCGGCCGCCGGCGAGCGCGAGACCUGGGGCAAGAAAGUCGACUUCCUGCUCUCCGUCAUCGGCUUCGCCGUCGACUUGGCCAACGUGUGGCGCUUCCCCUACCUCUGCUACAAGAAUGGAGGGGGAGCGUUCCUGGUGCCGUACUGCAUUAUGCUGGUGGUGGGCGGCAUCCCGCUGUUCUACAUGGAACUGGCACUGGGACAGUUCCACCGGAAGGGCGCCAUCACCUGCUGGGGCCGCCUGGUGCCACUUUUCAAAGGCAUCGGCUACGCGGUGGUGCUGAUAGCGUUCUACGUGGACUUCUACUACAACGUGAUCAUCGCGUGGGCGCUGCGGUUCUUCUUCGCCUCCUUUACCACCAUGCUGCCCUGGACCAACUGCGACAACGAGUGGAACACGCCGGCUUGUAAACCGUUCUCUGCGUUCCUCCAGACGAACACCAAUCAAUCCCACACACAUAACUCCACAAUGGCGGCCGCAGCGACAACCCCUUUCACUUCAGCAGCUUCCGAGUACUUCAACCGGGCUAUACUAGAGCUUCAAGGCAGCGAAGGCCUGCACGACCUGGGCGCGAUCAAGUGGGACAUGGCGCUGUGCUUGCUGGCGGUCUACAUCAUCUGCUACUUCUCGCUCUGGAAGGGCAUCAGCACUUCUGGCAAGGUGGUUUGGUUCACGGCUCUCUUUCCAUACGCGGUACUCCUUAUUCUUCUGGUUCGUGGCAUCACUCUUCCCGGCUCGGCAGACGGCAUUCGGUAUUACCUCAGUCCCAACUUCGAGGCAAUCACACAACCUCAGGUAUGGGUGGACGCGGCGACUCAAGUAUUCUUCUCUCUUGGACCUGGUUUCGGUGUGCUCUUGGCAUAUGCUUCAUACAAUAAGUACCAUAACAACGUGUACAAAGACGCUCUUCUAACAAGCGUGAUCAACUCCGCUACAUCGUUCGUCGCUGGCUUCGUUAUCUUCAGCGUUCUGGGCUACAUGGCAAAUGCGUCUGGUCGGCAUAUUGAGGACGUGGCGACAGAAGGCCCGGGGCUCGUAUUCGUGGUGUACCCGGCCGCUAUAGCGACUAUGCCGGGUUCGACGUUCUGGGCGCUGAUAUUCUUUAUGAUGCUGCUUACGCUUGGACUGGAUAGCUCUUUCGGCGGUUCGGAGGCCAUAAUAACAGCGCUGAGCGACGAGUUCCCACCAAUCGGGCGGCACCGCGAGAUCUUCGUGGCCUGUCUCUUCACGCUGUACUUCUUCGUGGGCCUGGCUUCCUGCACCAAAGGCGGCUUCUACUUCUUCCAGCUUCUGGACCGCUAUGCAGCCGGCUACUCGAUCCUGGUGGCCGUGUUCUUUGAGGCCAUCGCUGUUUCUUGGAUUUAUGGUACUGAACGCUUCUGCGAGGACAUCCGCGACAUGAUAGGCUUCCGACCGGGUCUCUAUUGGCGCGUCUGCUGGCGCUUCGCGGCCCCAGCCUUCCUUCUCUUCAUCACCGUAUACGGACUUCUGGACUACGAACCGCUGCGAUAUGAGGACUAUGUGUACCCCGGCUGGGCUAAUGCACUGGGAUGGGCUAUAGCUGGUUCGAGCGUUUUGUGCAUACCGACCGUGGCGAUAUUUAAAAUUCUCACCACUAAGGGCAGCUUUGUGGAGCGCAUACGCAUCCUGACCACGCCGUACGCUGACACCGAAGCGCGCCGCAGCGCUACCAACGGCAUGGUGGUCUCCGAGAGCGGCGGCGUGCGGCUCGCGUCCGCCGCGCCCUCGCCCAGCACGCCGCCGGCCACCACCCCCACGACACCAGGCCUGGCCGCAGGCCCCGCGCUCGUCUGAGCGCAGCUCUCCUUCGACGUCUACUAUGUGUAGUCCACUUAGCCUCUUUUAGCAGUUGAGUUAAACCGUCUCGUCUCUAGGAAAUCGGGGUUGUGCAAGUUAUUCUGGUUACGACAUUUAUGCCUUAACCUACGGCAUUUCAUCGGAUAGUUGCUGGAUAAAAAGGCUGUUGAUUUGAGUUGUUACUUAGGCAUUUUGAAUAUCCGAGGCUAUACUAUUGCUUAACGCUGAAGUUUGUAGGAUUAUCUUUGUUUAGGUUUCUUUUGUCGAAUUUAUAGAUGAGCGCAUGUGUAUUAUUGCAUUUUUCUUCUCCAAAAUGCAUAUUAACUAUUCUUAAGUGUAGAUACAAAAUGUUUUUUGGAUAAAUACAAGAUCAGUGUUUUCGAUUGGUUUACGCUUUAACUCUAUAUUUUUGUACAAUAUACGUUAUGUUAAUCAUAUAUGUAAGUACCUAAGUAAUAUUUAUACAUUAUACUCAAGAAGAGAUAUUGUGCUGUGAUGGAUGAUAUGAUAUAAUAGAAAAUAUUGUGCAUAUUUGGAUGAGUUUAGUAGCUGGUAGGUAAGUCAAAUUUAAGACGCUUACUGCUGUGCUGUAUUUUGCUAGAUUAAGGGAAAAAGUAUCCACUGUAAAAAAGAUUUGCUAUUUUACGUUUUUUUAUUGCUCUUCAAGUAUUAUAUUUAAAAAUAGUAAUUAUUUGUGUCAUUUCAAUCAUAUAUUUUACAGACAUAUUUAGCAAGCUUUAUCGAUUAAGACUAAAAUAGUACCCAGUAGAAAAUUUGCCGUAAAAUCAAAAUUAGGUAGGUAUAGUUAGAUUCAAAUGAGAAAAAAUAUAAAUUCUAUUGUAAAUUUGUUUAUCUUGAAUGAUAUGUAUUCGUGUGUGAAGGUUUUAUGAAAUAAACCAAUAUAUUAAUAUUAUAAAAUACUUGUGUACAUAAGUAGCUAUAUAUUAAAGUCUACUUACCCUAGAAUUGAUUUCGAUUAUGGCGUUUUAGCAUAUACUGUAGUUCAAACAAGUUACUAUCUAGUAAAUGCUUAGUUAGAUUUGUAACUUUUUGUGGAUUAUUAGUUAUGUUUUUUUUACAGAUAUACCUGUCUAAAAUAGCACUUAAACCCAAAAUAAAACAUAACUAAUAAUCCACAAAAAGUUACAUAUCUAACUAAGCAUUUACUUGAUAGAUUUUAUUUUAGAGCAUGUAUAGUAUUUUGUUCUGAUCCGUCUUACUUACGUCAUAAAUGAAAAAAAAAAUUGAUGCCCUUAUCUUUCCUGUAAACUAGACUUACAGUGCGCUAGAGGUACAGACCUACUUAUAUUUAAAUACGUGUACAACAGAAUAAUUCAGCAAACCGUCGAUGUGUUAGCAGUAGCUUAUUUUGUAUACAGAUACUUAUAUUAAUAAAGCAUGAAGGUUGAAGCUGGAACAAUACCGUAUAUUUACAGAAACCCUAUUUUAAAACAUGUAUGUUUUUCCACACAUUUUUUUUAUUUUUAUUUUUUGCGGGUUGUAAAUGCUUGUGUCUUAAAUUAUUUUAUCUCAAGAUAUGUGUUUAAGGAUUGUACAUUAAAAUGAGAAACGUGUAUUGACGCAUUAAUAUGUUUUAGAAGUAGAAAAAAUGUAGUUAUUUUGACGUAGAAAAAUACGUACAUUAGACAAAUAUAUACCUAGUUCAUAUUUAAAAUCUAUUAUUAAC